CUGACAGCUGUGUGGGAAAAAUUAGGAAUUAUGAAGUAGGAUAAUUUCCAAUUUAUUGUGUUUAAAUGACAGCAGGAAAAGAAACAAUGGGAGAGCAGCCGAUCUUCACGUGCAAGGCGCACGUGUUCCACAUAGACCCCAAGACGAAGCGUUCGUGGAUGUCGGCCAGCUCUGCCGCCGUGUCCGUGUCCUUCUUCUACGACUCCUCGCGGAACCUGUACCGCAUCAUCAGCGUGGAAGGCACCAAGGCGGUCAUCAACAGCACCAUCACGGCGAACAUGACUUUCACGAAGACGUCGCAGAAAUUCGGCCAAUGGAGCGACGUGCGGGCCAACACUGUGUACGGGCUGGGAUUCGCUUCCGAGGCGGAACUGGGGAAGUUCAUCGAGAAAUUCCAAGAGGUGAAGGAGGCCAUACAAGCGCAGCAGUGUGGCGCGGCGGCAAAGACGAGCAACGGUUCGGGUGCCGCCACGCCCGUCGCGUCCGCCACGGCCAGCCCGCUGCUGGCGGCAAGAGCGCCCGCUGGCGACGAGCCGCCGGCGCUGUCCCCCGCGCAGGUACCUAAACCGGAGAACGACGAGAUGAUGGUGCACCAACGCGCGCACUCGGUGUCGUCCUCACUUCAGGGGGGCUACGCCACGGUAGGGCGCGCGCCCCGCGGCCCGCUGGCGUCGGCCGGAGCCCCGCCGGACCCCGCCAGCGCCGACUCCACGGACCAACAGCUCCGCUACGAGAACGACCGCCUCAAACUAGCGUUGGCGCAGAGUUCAGCGAACGCUAAGAAAUGGGAAGUGGAGCUGGCGACCCUGAAGAGCAACAACUUGCGACUGACAGCUGCGCUGCAGGAGAGCACCGCCAACGUGGACGAGUGGAAGAGACAGCUGCACCAGUACCGGGAGGAAGUUGCCCGCGCUCGACACUAUGCUACGGGGAAAGGAGGCGACGCCAAUGAAGUUGAGCAGCUUCGACAACGCGUGGCGCAGCUAGAAGCCGAAUUGACACAGAAGAAUGAAGAGUUAGCCCAAAUCACCAAGUCGAAGAAAAGUGAACAGGACGCGGAGGCUAAGUUGGCCCAAAGUCAAUUAGAGCUCGCCCUCGCCGCCCAGGACGGUCAACGGCAAGUGAUACAUGCGCUAAACGACCAGCUGUCCCGGCAGAUUGACGAGCUGUCGAACAUCCACCGCGAGAUCAACACGGCGCUGCAGACAUGAGACUCGGCCGCGCCGCCCGCGGCCCGGCGACUCCCGCUGCUGUUGCGGGAGCGCUGAGCGGAGUGUCAGCGCCGCCCCGCGCCGGACGGGGGCGGCCUGUUUGCCACGUGCGACAUUUGCUAUUAUUUCGAACUAGUAAUGAACUUUAUGUGUCAUCUACACACUAUUCAGUCUUACAAUUUGUGAUUUUGCGUUCUUUUUUUUUGAUCUUAGGUUAUCUAAUGUUGGACACACAUUUGUCAGUUAUGUAUGCGCCUCCCGCUAUGUGUCAAUGUUUCCAGUAGGACUCGAACUCUCGCUACGAGAGAAACUUAUGUCUACCCAUUAUCUUGUUAGCUGUAUAGGAAAAAGACAAGUAACGGGUAGAGAUAAUUAUCUCGUGACGUUCGUGCUACGAGAUAAUUAUCUUAGACAGGACAAAAUAAUGGAUUGUAAUGACACUAUAUAAUGUAUAGUUUUGAACUAGUUUUGACGAGUGAUUGGUCGAAAUGUGUUUAUAUUAUUUUGUUUCCUGUUGAAAUGAUGACGCUAGUUUCAGAGCUGUCAAUAAUUCAAUUUAUUAAUUUUACGCAAUUAUGAUUUGAACUUGCGGCACUCUCGCUACGUGCGGCACGUACUAUGUUGACAAAUAUGCGUUCAACUUUACACGAAAAUACAAGACAUAAAUCCACCAAAGGAUCAGUAACUAUUGUUUUGUUUCAAAUGUUAAAAUCGGGCAUUACUUUGAGGGUUGCAAAUUUAUCAUAUUCCACACUAGUAUGGCAUAUUAUAUGUAUAUACCUAAUUUAAUAAUUUCCAAUAGUAAUCUAUUAACGAAGGAAUGUAAACAGUAAAUAUUAAUAUUUAUGUAUAAAUCAUUUUGAAAAUAAACAUAUAUGUAUAUUCCAACUAAUAGUAACCUAUUAACGAAGAAAUGUAGGCAGUAUAAAUAUAUGUUUAGGGUAACAAGUUGGGCGUGUGUUUAUUAUUUGUUUGUGUGUUAUGUUUUUUACGUAAGGUAUGGUCAUUUUAAUGUGCAAUGUUCGCGGCAUUGCCAUACCUGUGUGGAUCCGUGUUAUCUUAUAGUGCAAAAAUUUGGCGGCUUUUAUGCCAUCGUCAUAUCACUUGUUCCGGCAAUAAUAUUAUAAUAUAGUACGAGAUACGAAUUGGUAGUCGAAUCGCUGGAAAGCCGGAGUUAAAUGGAAAUUUUCCCUACUGUUUUAAAGCUUAAAAUGAGUACGAUUCUUCAGCUAAUGUUGUUUUGGAUACAUUUUAGACUUUUAAACGAGCAAUAAGUCCAAUUUGCUAUGACAGAAGUUAUUUUCGUUACGCGAAUUCGACGCCUAGUUUGCGAGCGCUCAAAUCUUGUACUAAAUUACUGUUGUACAAAACUCUCUAAACUUAACUAAAUUGCCAGUUAAGCCAAACACAGUUACACCCCUUUCUUUUUGUUCUUUGUGGAAAAGGAUAACACCAUAUUUAGACUUGUCUAUUUAGAGUUGAAAGAUUAGUGCAUAACAUUAUUGGUAAAAAAUGGCAUGUUGGUUUUUUCCCAACGAAUAAUCCUGUGAGUUUGUUGAAUAUAUU